AUGCACAGACUUGUAACACUUGCCCUGGCUGUAGCGUCCAUCGCCAAAGCGAGCCCUGCCCAGCAGCAGCCCAGGGACGGUUUGAUCAUAUAUGGUGAUGCAGACUUUGACGAUCUUGUCCCUGGCCAUCCGAUUGGCCUCUAUGGAGCGCUCACUUUUUCGAAUCUAGAUGUACAAGACCUGAGCGACCUAGGCGACCGGGACUCCUAUGGUGCCUGGCCACUAUCUGGCAACAAUGUUGCUGUCUUUUCGGACACAGCUGGCCGUGGUUCCAGGUUGCCAGCCGUCAGAGCACAGCAUCGGGGGAGCGUCACUGAUGCCUUUGACAUGAAGUCGUUCAACUGGGGAUGCGUUUCCAGCGUCUCACCCUGCCAACUCGUCGUGACUGGGCACCGAGGCGGCAAGAGAGUGGCCAGCGCCACCUUUACCGCGUCUACCGACGGUGGGUCCGUCAACGAGGCCACAUUUGGUAGUGAUUUCGAGGAUCUCGACAAGUUGAAGUUCCACCCCUAUCGUGCCGGGUCUAUCCGCCGAGCGACAACAGACGAAGAAGUCACUUGGAUCGACAAUUUCCAGUACACGUACUUCAUUGGGGGCCGCGAAGUAGUCAAUGAAUAUGGCACCGUUCCUCUCCCAACAACAACUCAAUCUGUUUCUGAUAUCUUUAUCACCACAACGUCCGAUCCAACAAUAACGGUACCCCCUUUCCCCGACUGCGGCGAAACGUGCUUUUCGGGGCUUAAUGACUGUCUCGAACCAACGAGUACAUGCUUCACGGGCUGUCUAGAAUUUCCCUUUGGAUUCCCAGAUCCAAACCCCACCCGGUGCUCCACGGCCAUUGGCGACGUGAUCAUUACUUCCGACGCCAACCUGCCUCCCGUGGAAACCAUCAUCGAUAUUUGCGGCCCCUGCUUCUGGGACAUUGAUGACUGUGGCCAGGCCUUUGAAACAUGUUUCGAUUGCACCGACCCGGUGCCGAGAUUGUCACCGCGCAGCAUUUGUCUCCCCACUAGCAUUGAUGCCACCAUCACCACGUACGAUGGCAUCACCAGCACGGCAACGCCAUCUCUGCCCUCUGUUACUGAUUCAAGUUGGCCCAUACUCCCUGCCCAUCAGCAAGGACGGCCGCUGUGGCUUUGA